AGCAACUGGAAGUCAGUGUAGGGCCGGCCAUGACAGGGUUAACAGAAACCCUAGUAGCUGUGGGGGGAGGAGCAGAGCAGGGGAGGAGAGAUCACAGAUAUCUCUUACUCUCAGUUUCCCGGGCAGAGGCAGCGUGGGGGAGUGAAGUGCCUGCUGUGUCUGCUCAGCCUGCAGGGAUUUCGCUUGUCCCAAAUUGUCACGGCGAUGGCUGCGAUCGAGGAUUUAUUCGGGAGAUUGAGGGCGGAGGCGGCUAUCCGGGGUGAGGACUGGCUGCAGAGGCAGUUGGGGGCGCUUUUAUCGCAGGAUGGAGGGGACAUGGGGCGCAUGGCGUCGGGGCCUAGCCGCGUCCAGACCGGACAGGCAGCAUCGGGGCCGGAGCACACAGGUGUGGUGCUGGCGGAGUCGGGGCCUGAACGGUCGGUCCGGGGAGCAGUGCGGGCACACGGGGACACAAUUCAGGUCGCAUCGGGGCCUGAUCACACAGGCAUGGGAGCAGCGUCGUCGGGGCCUAGUCACACAGGCCGGGGGGCCUCGCGGACGCGCUCGUCCCGCCCCCCCCGCCGGUAUUCGCCCAGUAUAUCCCCGGGACGGCAGAGGGGGGAUAGUGGACAUAGCAGGGCCCCUUCGGGCCCCCCCGCGAAGAGGGCGGCGGGUAUUGUGUCGGAAGGCCCAGCCGGGGGCACCAGGAGUAGCGUGGGUGCAAGGGGGGGACGGCCAGGGGGCUCAGAUGCGGCGGCCUUGCCCGCCCGGCGUGUGGAUCAGGCAGUGACGGGCCCGGUGGUGGGGUCUCGGCGAGUGGGAUCGCAGGCCACGGUGGCUAGCCCCCCAGCUUCCUCGGCUAGCCACUUGCAGGAGGUGGAGCGCGUCGGCAGCAACAGGGUUACGCCAAGCAGGAAAGCUUCGGCAAAAUCGCCGCACGGGUCCAGGGCCCGCAGGGGGAGUGAAUCCGGCCCUGGGCCUUCGGCCUCCGGGACCGAGCCGCCCGGUGGGUCAUCAUCGGAGGAGGAGGAUCGGUCGGAGGGAGAGCGGUCGGGAUCUGAGGACGAGGUCUUGCCCAGGACGAUACCAGCAACGAGGGAUUCGAGACGGUCGGCUGAUGGGAUUGCUUCCACGCAGCCCGGUACUGGACCGCUUUUGGUCUGGAUAAUGGGCCACUCCUAUGUGGUUCGGGGGGCCAGACGGGCGGAUGAUCGCCCGACCGGUCGCCAGCUGGGAAUAUCGAGACAGGAGGCGAGUGUAAGGUGGUUGGGGGUCCCCGGGAUGUUAUGGAGCAAGGUGGUGCCGGAGGUGCACAAAUUUGCACAGCUGGACAGGCCACCGGAGGUUCUGGUUAUUCACGCCGGGGGGAAUGAUCUUGGAGUGAGAUCGAUGAUGGAGAUAGCACGGGACAUUAAAUUUGACUUUCAGCGGAUCCGGAUGUCCUUUCCGGAUACGAUAGUGGUGUGGUCAGACAUGGUGGCCAGGUCAACAUGGAGGAUGGCCAGGUCGGUAGAGGGGGUGAAUCGGGCGCGCAGGAAGAUAAACAGAAAUGUGGGGCGGUUUGUGCUCAGGAACGGGGGGCUAGUGGUUCGGCACCCCGAAUUGGAAGUGGACACAUGGAGAUACCUCAGGAGUGAUGGUGUUCACCUCACGGACGUGGGGAUUGAUAUGUGGGUGUUGCGUUUAGAGGAGGGGGUACAGCAAGCGAUGAGGGUGUGGAGGUGCUCCCAUAGGUAAGGGGUUACCUUUGGGUGCUGGUGG